AUGGCAACCCCGACUCCCUCGGUAAUUCCUUUGAUCAUCAACGGCAAGGAAGAGCUUGCUUCAGCAACAUUCAAUGUGAUCAGCCCUUACACAAACGAGCCCUGCUGGGCUGCAGCGUCCGCUUCUCCCCAGGAUGCCAUCCGCGCAGUUGAGGCAGCCGAAUCAGCUUUCCCCGCAUGGUCCCAGACUAAGCCGACUGUGCGACGAGAUAUCCUGCUCAAGGCGGCGGAACUGCUUGACAGUAGACUCGAGAAGUAUGCCGAGCUUAUGCAAACCGAAAUGGGAGCGGAUGUAGGAGCGUCGCAAUUCUUCGUUGUUCCCCUGGCCAUCCGUAUGUUAAGAGAGGUGGCAAGCCGCAUCACCUCAAUAUGCGGAAGUGUACCUGUUGUCGAGGCGGAAGGACAGAGCGCGAUCAUCUAUAAGGAGCCGAUGGGAGUUAUUUUAGGAGUCGUGCCAUGGAACGCACCAUACGUGUUCGGGGUUCGAUCUGCUGCCUGCGCCCUUGCUGCCGGCAAUACGACAAUUCUCAAAUCGUCUGAGCUCACGCCCUGCUGUUACUGGGCGCUGACUCGCGCCUUCCAUGACGCCGGACUGCCAGAUGGAUGUCUCAAUUUGGUAGCCUGUCGCCCCCAGGAUGCGGCCGAAGUGGUCAAUGCCCUGAUUGAGCACCCAGCCGUCAAGAAGGUUAACUUCACUGGAAGCACGGCAGUAGGUCGGAAGAUUGCCCGUGUCUGCGGGCAAAACCUUAAGCCGUGCUUGAUGGAGCUAGGAGGAAAGAACAGUUCGAUCGUGUGCGCCGAUGCUAAUAUCGAAACCGCGGUUAAGUCAGUAAUUGCUGGAUCUUAUUUGAAUUCCGGCCAAAUUUGCAUGGCGACAGACCGAAUCCUUGUGCACUCGUCCAUUGCACCAAUAUUCGUGGAAGCCCUGAAGAAUGCCCUACAGUCAAUGUCAGACCCAUCGACUCAACCUCCAACCUUGGUCAACGUUGCGUCCAAAACGCGUGUGCAGCGGCUAAUUGAGGGUGCCCUCGAAGCUGGUGCUCAUGUAAUUCACGGACCCGUAGCCACAGAAACCGACGCAUCAACUUCUGACUCUGGAGUUCGAAUGCCGCCUGUCCUCCUAGGUGGAGUCAGGGAGGAUAUGGCCGUAUGGCAGGAGGAAGCCUUUGCGUCUUUGGCAGCCUGUAUGGCAUUUGAAACCGAGGAAGAAGCGAUCCGGAUUGCGAAUAGUAGCGGGUAUGGGCUGUCAGCGGCGGUAUUUACUGAGGAUCUGCGUAAAGGGCUGGCAAUGGCUAGGAAGAUACAGUCUGGUGCUCUGGCCUCAGCUUGGUCAGGCCACUUGGAAACAAUGAAGGCCCUUGCCGACCUUCCAAACGAAAUUGUCCUCCAUCUAGCUGAACACCUUUCUACCUCCUCGCUCAACGCACUCUCCCAGACCUCAAAAUGGUCGAACGAUUUGCUGUCCGCUGAACUGUACGGCCGCGCAACUACGUACCAUUUCGAAGAUCAAGACCAUCCCUUGAUCUGGGCUACAGAGAGUCACAAAACCUGCGCCCUACUUAAGCUGUUGCCCUACUGCAAUGACUGUUUCACCCUCACUGCAGCGCUGCAUACCGCAGUAGAUGUCGGUAAUGAAGAUGCCGUUGACAUCCUUCUCAAUGAAGGCGCGGAUCCGAAUAUCAUUGGGAUGGUAUCUACGGAUGAAGAAUCUGGCGAGCUAGUCGGGCGCAGAAUACGAAUCAUCGAAGCCAGUGGCCAUGGACGUUACCUCAUUGUCAAGCGCGUCUUAGAAUCUUUGCCUCAUCUGAUGAAGGGCGCUGCAGGCAUCAGAAAGCCCAAGUGCCAUGAGCUUGUGACCCUGCUCCUCUCAUUCAAUGGUGCUGUGGUACACGGUAAACUCAAGCUCGCUAAGUUUAUUUUCGAUGAGACGAAGCUCUCCUUCCCCCCCGGCGUCGGUCCUAUACUGUUCUAUAAGGUCCUCGAGCGCGCCGACGUCAGUGCAAUGUCCUUCAUUUUCUCCAGAAGGCACGAAAUCAACAGCCGUCCCAGCCUCAUUGUCCUGCCUGAGCAGAACCCGUCAGAGCUUGGCUGCAAGCUGUCUCACACUCACGAAUACAUCAACUGCGUCUGGGAGGGCGGCCCAAUUCUCAGCACCAUCGCGUUGUUGUAUGACAACAACCCCAGACCCCAGACACGCCCUUACCAAACCGACGUGAUGGCCGGGGAACUCCUGGACUGGGGCGCCGAUAUCAACGCCGUCGACCCAGACAACGGACAGACAGCCCUCCACGUGGCAGCAUACAUGUCCGACUACGUCCUGGCUGAGCUCCUCCUAGACCGCGGCGCAAAUGUCAACGCCGUCGACAAUGACGGUAAAUCGGCGCUUGUCCAUCUGCUCGAGGACCCCGAGCCAGUCUGUGCGGAAGCACUACGUCAAAUGGUCCUCAUCUUCGUCCAGAAGGGUGCAGACGUGAACCUCCGCGUCUACGGCGAGAACGACCGCACGGCUCUGCAUGUUGCUUCGGCACUGCCCGAUUACCCGGGUCUCUUGUAUGAGCUCUUGUAUACCAAUAAGGCGGAGGCCAAUGCAAAGGACUUAUUGGACAUGACGCCCCUCCACGUCGCCGCCGCGAAUAGCCACAUGGAGGCAAUGAAGACGCUUAUUCUCUGUAACGCGGAUACGGAAAUUGAGGAUGUCUUCGGCCGCCGACCUAUUGAUAUCUCCAGAAGCCUGGGUCACGUUGCUGCCGUGCGCUUGUUCGAGCACGUUGAGCGUGAGAAUGAGGCCUCGACCCCUGGCCAGGUCCGCAAUGGCUGGGUUUUGGAGCUCCUGACUUACCGGAUGGUUAGAAAUCGCUUGGGGAUCUAG